AUGCAAGAGAAAUGGAAAGGUUUAGACCUUCCAUGCCUAGCGUAUAGGAAUUAUAAAUCCGAAACGUACCGUCUUGCAGUCAGUUGGCCUACGGCAGAGUCUGUUGUUUCGACCUAUGGCCAGUGUUGUGGUUUGAAGAUUAGAGAUGCUAAUGGCCCUUGGGUCCUUUCUGUCUCUAAUCAAUGA